CUCGCAGAGCUUCAUGCACCAAGAAGCCUCCAUUAUCACUAUUUGGAAACUUUAAAUACCAGGAAGCGAUUUUUCCUGCUACCGUUUUGGAACAGAGUUCAAAUUGUAUCGUUAGUGAAGAUGCAGAACGUGUCUGUAAACCAGACCACAACUAGAAACGCUGGCCAAAGCAUCCUUUCCUUUUCUGCGGGGGUCGUUGGCAAUGCUAUUGCCCUUUGUAUUCUAUACUGGCAUAUUGUAAAAUCAAAGAGCAGAAAUAUUACCGUUUUUUACAUUUUGGUCAGUGGUCUCGCCUGGACAGAGUUAGCUGGACUUCUGCUAAUUUCCAUACCAGUCUUUUACUGCUACACACUUAACACGACGAUUGAGGGCCUGAGCAAGGGUACUUGUCAGUAUGUUGGCUUGAUAAUGUCUUUCAUAGGACUCUGUGCUAUGUUCAUACUCCUGGUGAUGGCUUUAGAAUGUUGGCUGUCUAUAGGCCACCCCUAUUUUCACCAGCGACAUGUAACCAAAGAGAAAGUCAUGCUGGUUUUCCCUGUAAUUUAUACCAUAAGUAUUCUGUUUUGCUGCAUGCCCCUUUUUCAAUUUGGCAGUUACAAACAGUAUAAACCAGGGACUUGGUGCUAUAUUGGGAUGAAUCCAGCAGAGGACAAAGACAAAGCAUUUUCCGUGCUCUAUGCCAGUGUGAUGGCGCUAGUGAUUCUAACUAUCGUCCUGUGUAACAUCUCCGUGGUACUGACCCUGGCAAAGAUGUACAAGCGAGCCCGCCUGCAAAAUGUCCUGAGCACAUCGAUGGAGAAGACGCCAGAGCAGACCUCCAUUUCUUCCAAGAGCCAUGCAGACGAGAUUGACAACAUCAUCCUGUUGGUCCUCAUGACCCCAAUCUUUGUCUUCUGUUCACUACCCCUCACGGUGCGGGCAUACAUUGGAGCAUUUGCUCCGGAUGGAAAUGAAGAAAAAGACUUGGUUGCUCUGCGGUUUCACUCUAUAAACUCUAUAGUUGACCCCUGGGUAUUCAUCAUCUUCAGAACUUCUCCAUUCAGAGCACUUUUACGCAGACUCUAUAACAAAUUGAUCCAUAAGAAGGCUGCUGCCUCAGCUCGGAACACAGUAAACGUGCUAUCAUAUGGCAACAAUUCAAGUGUGGAUCAGCCGCCCAGCAGUGAAACAGGCAGAGUGACUUAAUGGCCUGAGAAAGACUAUGAGAAACACAGGGUGCUUCAUCACAUGUCGAUGUUUCUGACUUCUGGAGCUUCAGCCUGCCAACAUUUGAAAAUGUUAUUGGGUAUAGCCUACUUUUUCAGUUUCUUUAGUUACUAAAUUGCACAGAACUAUCAUGUACUCAAGAAUACUGUUUUUUAUCUCCCUGAUAACCUUGUAAAAUAUUCGAUAACCUCAAAUUUAAUGGAAAAAAAAAACAUCCUGAUAUAUAGAAAGUUUUUGAUGGAAGAUCAUACAUUAAAAAAACAAAAGUUUAACAAAAAACAAUCACUUUAAAUUCAUUAUCAUCCCAAUUAGGUGCACAUCUGAUGGCCAGAAUUAGUUUAGUUUCAUUUAGCUUUCCCAGUGCUAGAAUUUAAUGUCAUGCAGAAAUUACAGAGGAAACAAAAAGGAUUGCUUUAUGAAUCAAUAUUCCUACCCUUGUAGUUUUAUUGGCAUAAACUGAAUGAAAUACCAGUCCAACCCAAUCAAUUUUAAACCUCGGCUGAUCAUAAGAAUUAUAAUCAGUCUUGCAUAAGAAAGAAAUAUCUGACAUCAAUCAACUAAAAUGUGACAAACCUUUGAUUUCCAAUUCAUGACUGAGGCCAUUGAAAUUCUAAAUUAUGAAGUUAAAUGCAUGAUUAUAGUUUAGAGUUUACAGUUAUAGUUAUCCAGGGUUUUUUUUUAAAUGUCUAUGUUUACAUUUCUAUCCUUUUUAGUUGUGUUUCUAGUUUCCAUAGAACACCAUAUUUAAGCAAUCAGUGAAACUUCAAAAUACUUUUGUGAGUAAUAAUGUGAGAAGCUGAGAAUAAGAAGUUUCAAAAAAGCCUGAAAACUUCUAGAAACACCUAAAUGGCUAGUAUCACUGUAGCAUUAAUAUAAAAUUCCAUGGCUCUCCAUGAGAACUAACAACAAAAACACUUAUUUAAAAUAUAUAUCAAUACACUCCUUUAACCAAUGAUGUUUUAUGAAUGCCAACCUAACUGAAUGGCUCAUUUAUAGCAGUACACAUCCAUUUAAUCACACAACUAAUGAUGCCUACCCUUUAUGUUACGGAAUCAUCACAAAAGAUUCUCCAGUUCUGCCUGUUGGCACCAACCUGUACUACACUCUGAGAGAACAGCACACAUUUUAAAUUUGGUUCUUCAAUUUAAUAUUCAUACUGUGUACCACAGUGGUCAAGGAGAAAUAUGAGUUUCACAAAACUGACUAUGAACUCCCAGAGAUUUAUUUUCAACAGGGGAAACUGUUGACUGAAGUUUGUUUUUUCAUCCAGUGUCAACUGGCAGAACAAUAUCUUAUUUUUACCCUUGAUUUAUAUUAAUCAAAUUUAAAUUUGAUUUGCAAUAUGAAGAUCAAUACCAUAGCACAAAGCCAUGUUUAAGGUGCUUCAGUAAAUCUACAAUAGGAACCAUAACUAUAAGUUUUCUGCUGUUCACUGGUGAUCACUAAAUAUCCAUACCAUGUGAUCCUUCAUGGGAAUACCUUAAAGUUGAUCAGCUUCUAUAUCAAACAUCAAUUUAUACAAAAGUUAUGCUAGAUAUGCCACUAUUUCUUCAUCCCCACCAGUUGUCAUCUGUUAAUUCCAGUGAGCAACCAGGGCAUAAUGUGGUUCACCUAAAUCAGAACUAUAGCAAACCCCACCUGCCCAUGUCUUUUUUUGGUGUCUUUCUAAUGCGAUACUCUUACACAGAUGCUCUUAAAAAGCAAUAGAUACAAGUCUGAUUUAUUUGCUUUCCUUGUAUCCAUAGCUUUUAAAAUUUUCAGAAUCCUUCUAUUGGCUAACUAAAAGAAUUACAAUAUGCAAGCUUUCGAGGCAACUCAGGUCUCUUCUUCAGGCAAGAUGGUGUAAUAUUUAAUGUAACGUAUGAAUGCAUGUAAUGUGUAAUGUAUGUGAUUACAUCUUGCCUCAAGAAGGGGCCUGAGUUGCCUUGAAAGCUUGCAUAUUGUAAUUUUUUUAGGUAGCCAAUAAAAGGUGUCAUUUUGCUUGACUUCUCUCUACAUCCACAAUGGCUAACACAGUACAACACCCUAGUACUACAGAAUCCUCCUGAAAAAUGAGAGAUAUAACUAACCAAAUACUCUAAACCUUAUGAAAAUUAAUGUAGAGCUUACACUGGGGACUUUGGUCUCUUUAUUUCUCAUGUGCAACUCUUUGAAUAUUGGCUCUCUGUCUGAUGUUCAUAUAAAAUAAAACUCACUUGUAAUUCUUGGUUAAUAUUAAACAUAUGACAGUUAAACUACAUUUAAUGUCUUGAAGCUGUUUUUGUCUGCAUUGAGCAAUCAGAGGGAAAAAUACCCUGCAACUUUAUUUGGGAUCCCAUUUAACAAUGUUUUAAUUCCAUUUUUCUGUGUGGCUCAUACAGUUUGCAUGAUGUUUGUUGCAUGGUUGCUUUUAUUCUUAUACAUAGAACUACUGUAAUGUGAUGUAUUUGUUAUGUGUCAAAAGAUUUUUGUGUCUUUUUCACCAUUUGUGUGCAAUCCACUUGUAAAAACUUGAAAUAAGUGCACUACAUUUAUGUGGCAGUCUGCAUGGACAAUAACAAUAGAGAUGAGGCCAGAGCACUGCUCUGGGAAUCAGAAUGACCUCUUUGAGUACAAGGGUUAAGAGAAGGAUACUUAAUAAAGCACUAGUCAUCAUGGACAAUGACACUCUACUCUCAGAACAUCACUUGGUUAAACAGAAGAGUGCCUUCAACAACAAACUAAUCUGUGUUCACUGCUGCAGACAGAGCUGCUGUGUAAACCAAGCAGCCAUUGCACUCUAUAAUCAGUGCCUUUACUGCUGGGAUGGUGUUGACAUUUUAAGUCUUUGAUGGAUACUGAGGUGACUUGACUUGUUGGAAUAUUUUUGUUGUGUGAACGGUGCUGUGACUUUUGCAGCUUCCUGCAGGAUAAUCAAAGUUUCUAUCAAAGUAACAAACAAUUCCUGUAGAUAUGCCUGGCAAAAGCACAGUCACACUGCUGCUACAAAUAGUCUGUAUUUCCCAAUUAACUGUGAGCUGUGUUUCUAUAUAAAUUUACUAAGCAAGAGCUGUUUGCAUAUACUGUACUUAAAUUAAUUGAUUAAUAAAACAUUGUGAAAUAAAAUUCCUUUAAA